AUGUACGUGAGUUACCUGCAGCUGGACAAGGACCCGGCCAUGUACCCGCACCAGAACCCGGUGACCCGCCACGCCGGGCUGAGCCUGAACCCGCAGAGCUUCGUGGCUCCGCCGCAGUACUCGGACUUCUCUGGUUACCACCACCAUCACCACCACCACGGCCUCAACACCGACCCGCUGUCGGCCCAGCAGGCCGGACCGGUACCGGUACCGGCCGGCUGGAGCUCGGCCUACCCGCCUCCACCUCCACCGGCCCGGGAUGAGUGGUCCUCGCACCACUACGCUGCUGCAGCCGCUGCGGCCGCGGCCGGAGGGCCUCCCUCUGUCGGCACCGGCUCUGUGGGGCCCGGUCUGGGCUUCAGCCCCCCGGAGUUCAGUCAGUCGGGGCUGCUGAACUCCUCCACCGGGCAGCUGUCACCCGGCGGGACGCAGAGGAGGAACCCGUACGACUGGAUCCGACGAGGCUCUGCACAGACCAGCAACAACCCCAACGGAAAGACGCGGACUAAAGAUAAGUACCGGGUGGUUUACACCGACCACCAGCGUCUGGAGCUGGAGAAAGAGUUCCACUACAGUAAAUACAUCACCAUCAGGAGGAAGGCGGAGCUCGCCACGACGCUGGGCCUGUCAGAGAGACAGGUGAAGAUCUGGUUCCAGAACCGCCGGGCCAAGGAGCGCAAGAUCAACAAGAAGAAGCUCCAGCAGCCGGCGUCCUCCACGACCACGCCCACGCCGCCCAACGGCAGCAACGGCGGCGGAGGAGGAGGAGUGGGAGGCGGCGUCCUCCUCCAUGGAAACGGCGGGAGCAGCGUCGCCAUGGUGACGAGCAGCAGCGGAAGCAACGGGCUGGUGUCCCCGUCCUCCCUGCCGUUGAGCAUCAAAGAGGAGUACUGA